AAUCGUGGCUUGAAUAUGCUUUUCUCGCCACUUACCCUGGCAAAGCAACCCUUGGUUUAAUGGAAAUGUCGCUGGAUGUCUUUAUUUUCUGCUGCGAUCAACUAAAACGCUCCAGUGGAUGCACGCAGCCUGGAAAAUCCACACACGCAGCAACCACUGAUCAGUUAAAGCGGAAAAUGAGCGCAGUAGGGGAAAACCCCCCGGACCCUGCCACACCUGAAUCCCGCAAGAGGAAGGGCUCACCAUGUGACACGUCGGGGCAGAGUGUGGAGAAGCGGAGACGGGAGCUGGAGUGCCGCUACAUCGAGGAGCUGGCGGAGCUGCUGUCGUCCAACAUGGGCGACAUUGCCAGUCUCAGUUCCAAGCCCGACAAGUGCCACAUCCUCAAGAGUACCGUGGACCAAAUCCAGCAGAUGAAACGGCGUGAGCAGGAGAGUGCAGCUCUUGUGUCGCCAGACGAUGAGGUUCAGAAGAGCGACAUCUCCUCCAGUAGCCAGGGGCUGGUGGAGAAAGAGGCGCUGGGGCCCAUGCUGCUUGAGGCCCUUGAUGGGUUCUUCUUUGUCGUCAACCGGGAGGGCCGCAUCGUCUUUGUGUCGGAGAACGUGACGAGCUACCUCGGAUACGCCCAGGGGGAGCUGAUGACCUCCAGCGUCUACAGCAUGCUCCACGUGGGAGACCACAAUGAAUUUGUUCGCAAUCUGCUGCCCAAAAGCUUGGUGAACGGCGCGCAGCGGCCACAGGAGGCGGGCCGAAGGAACAGCCACACCUUUAACUGUCGCAUGCUGAAGAGGCCACCGGACGAGUUGGAUUCUGAAAAUCCGGAGGCUCGGCAGCAAUAUGAGAUCAUGCAGUGUUUCACGGUGUCCCAACCACGCAGCAUGCAGGAGGAGGGAGAGGACCUGCAGAGCUGCCUGAUCUGUAUUGCCUGUCGGAUACCGCGCGCCCAGCCUUUCAGCACCGAGUCGUUCAUCACAAAGCAGGACCCGACAGGAAAGAUCAUCUCCAUAGAAACAAGUGCUUUGCGAGCGACAGGCCGGCCUGGCUGGGAGGACCUUGUCAGGAAGUGCAUCUACGCUUUCUUUCAGACUCAGGGCAAAGAGCCCUCCCACGCCAAGAAGCUGCUGCAUGAGGUGAUGACCCACGGCACCGCCAUCAGCCCAUUGUACCGUUUCACGUUAAGCGAUGGUACCCCGCUCAGCGCUCAGACCCGCUGCAAGUUCUGCUGCCCCCCCAACCCUGAUGUUCAGCCCUUCGUCAUGGGCAUUCACACUAUUGACAGGGAACACAACACUGCUGGCUCUCAGGAAAACACUAACCCCGGCCUUCCACCGACCCUUGGCAGCCUUACCCAAACUCCCUCCCGCUCCCCUUCCCUUCUUCCCGGCAGCAACUGGACCCAGGGCUCAGGCCUCUCCACCUCGGGCCUUCACCCUAACAACACCAACACCUCCCCCCACGGACACAAUCCAGCCACACCUGCGGGCUACCUGACGCCCAACCGGACCUUUCCCCAGCAGGUCAACGGCCCCUCUGUUUUGAGCAGCCCACUCACACCAACCCCUACCUCUUUUAUGUCACCCAAGAUGCCACGAGCCAGUCCUGGGUCAGGUGGAAGCCCUCGGGUACCCGGGAACCCCUUCUCUGCUUCCACACCAGGUCUCCACUCCCCAGCCAUGGAACUAAGUAGUGGAGGCUGCAGGCAGCAGUCUGGCGGGGAUAGUAGUAGUAGUAGUAGUAGUAGUAGUGGUGGCGCCGGCGGUGGGUCAUCGGGGUCCUUCUCCCUGUCCUCUCCGCUCCUUCAGAGACAAGUCAGUAUAUCAACCGGCCCAUCUACUCGGAUGCCAGAGGGAGGAGAAGGAGGGGGAGAGGACUCUGUAAAAGCACCUUUUCCUUCUGCCUCCCAGCUGGGUAAACCCAGACUCAAUCUGCUCCUGGAAAGCAAUGGGCCAGGAGUUGAAACUAGCAACAACAGAAUCCCUUGCACCUCAUCACCUCAUCCUGCCCCUCAGUGCCCUGCCUCUCACAGUACUCUGACAGAGCGGCAUAAGAUCCUGCACCGACUGCUCCAGGACACCAGUCCCGACGACGCCUCCGCCACCACUGAGGAUGGACGAAACAAAGAGAUCAAGAGGGAGCCGCCCGCCAGUCCGGCUCUGACCUCAGCACCGCCCAAGUCCAGCUCCAGAGAGCCACAGGACCAUCAACUACUCCGUUUUCUCCUGGACACAGAUGAAAAGGACUUGGGGGACCUGCCGCCUCCAUCGGCUCUCAGCCUGCAGACAGUGCGGGUGAAAGUGGAGAAGAGAGCAAGCAUGGACGGAGUGGUCUGCACUGGCUCCACUGUUGCAGCAGGAGGUGCAUCCAAACCGGCGGGAGGGUGCAGCAGCUCAACGUGCACCAGCCCCAAACCAAGCCCAGUCAGAGAGAACCGGCGAGAAGGCCGCAGGGACAGCCGAGACUCCACGAUGUCCACUGGCCCUGUUGACAUGGACCCUCUCAGCCAGCUGCUCCCUGGCCUGAAAGGCCCGAGUGGGGCCAAACCGAGCAGCGAGGAUUCAACAGCCCCUGGAGGAGGCCCCCAACUCCACUCUCCAGCCUCUCAGCCCCUGCCUCAGCUCCAGUCCCCCCUGCCUCAGCUCCAGUCCCCCCUGCCUCAGCUCCAGUCCCCCCUGCCUCAGCUCCAGUCCCCCCUGCCUCAGCUCCAGUCCCCCCUGCCUCAGCUCCAGUCUCCUCAGUCUCAGCUCCAGUCCCCGCUGUCCCAACCCCAGUCCCUUUCGCAGUUGCAGUCGCCGUCGCCCCAGCUCCAUUCCCCUUCUCCUCAGCUCAAACUGCAGUCCCCCACCCGGCUCCAGCUCGGCGAGGCCAGCACUCCCCGCAAUGUAAACGUGAAGAGGGAGCCUCCUGGCACUCCUAACAGAGCACUCAGUGAUGGCGGCCCUCCCUCCGGCUGUAACCUCCAGAGUUCGUCCUUUGACUUCUGCAGUCCCCCCACCCCAAGCCAGAAACGGAACCCGGCACAUGGAGACCCCUUCCACAUCCCCAUAGACAGCAGCCUCUUCCCAGAGGCAGAAGAUAUCAACCCUUUCAGUUCAAGCACUGGCCUAUCCAAAAUGGAUGUGGGAGACUCCCAGUUCCAGCCUCUGUCUCUGUCCGACACCUUGUCUUUUGAUGGUCUCGGGACGCCGUUAGCAGCCCCCUUGGCAUCACCACAAGAGCAGUGUGUCCCCUGUACACUGGACGAAGUGCUGGGCCCUCCCACCACGGCCGAGGGGCGGAACGACGAGAAGGCUCUGUUAGAGCAGCUCGUCUCCUUCCUCAGUGGGACGGACGAGAGUGAACUGGCGGAGCUGGAUAAGGCCCUGGGCAUUGACAAGCUGGUGCAGGGUGGCGGUUUUGAUCCAUUGACCCAAAACUUCCCAAACCAGCAAUCCACUGCCACCUCAGGCUCCAUCGACCCUAAACUCUCCCUGUACCCUUCCAAAUUCACGCCGGCUCAGUUCCCUCCGGAGCUGGCCAUGCUGGCGGGGCCACAGGGUGUUGGGUUCGGAGCCCCCCGCGGGUCUUUCCCCGGCGGGACGACAGGCGUCGGGCUGAGGCUGGGAACGCCGCGACCACAGGGGAUCGGCACCCAGCUCAGACUGCCACCCAACCAACUGCGCCAGCAGCUGCAGCAGAGGGUGCAGGGCCCACAGCAGCUCCAGAACAGGAUGGCGGGCGUUAAUCUGUUCCCUGGCGGCGCCCAGCAGGUGAACGUAGGGCUCCGUCAGGGAGUUCAACAGCCUCAAAUGCCCUCACAGCCUCCGCUGAACGCCCAGAUGCUCGCCCAGCGCCAGAGGGAGCUCUACAGCAUCCAGCACCGCCAGCGACAGCUUUUCCAGCAGAAGGUCCUGCUGAUGAGACAGAACACCGCCGGCGCCGCGGGGCCCGCCGGAGCAGCCGGGCUCCCAAAAGGUCCGCCGUCGACGCCUCCGCUGCAACAGCAGUUCAACUUCCCACCAGGGUACAACCCUUUGGUGGCUAAAUCCCCUACCUCACCCGGUCACUUCAGCCCCCUUACCGGGGGCCCUCUGGACAACAAACUGCCCGGCAGAGCUCCUCUGACCAGCCAGGCACUGAUCGGUGGCGUGCAGGGCCACUUCAGCGCCACCGUGAACUCCGCCUUGCCGCAGGGCCUGUUCCAGCAGUUUGGAGGUUCCGCAACCUCCCAGCAGGACCCAUCCUUCGCUCCUGAGAUGAGCCCCACCAGCCCAUUGAUGUCACCUCAAACCGCCACCCCCCAGAGUGCUUUGCUUCAACAAGCCCCACCUGGCUACCAGUCAACCGAAAUGAAGAGCUGGCAGCAGGCCGGCAUGGCAGGCAACAGCCUGUUCAGUCCGUCGGGACAGAGUGCAGGGCAGGCUUUCGGCCAGCAGGGGGUUUACAACAACAUGAGCAUCACCGUCUCCAUGGCCGGAGGCUCGGGGGGCGUCGGCUCUUUGUCUCCCAUGGGGCAAGUGGUUGGCCCGAGCAACAGUAGCCUCAGCAACGUCGGUUCGGCGUGCAGCGACCAGCAGGUGCAGCCGGUGCAGGUGUUCGCCGACGUGCAGUGCACGGUGAACCUGGUCGGCGGCGACUCCUACCUGAACCCGGGCUCCAUCGGCGCCGCGGCCUCCCAGAAGGGCCCCGGCGCGCCGCAGGGCUCCCAGAACAACCAGGCCCAGCAGAAGAGCCUCCUGCAGCAGCUGCUCACCGAGUGACGACCCCGCGACAACCCCCCCCCCCUCAUCGGCUCUUCUCUACUCCCUCUACUUCUCACUUUGACGACGACGCCUCCUCGGAGGCCGGCGCACCAGAACUCAUCGCUGCCUCUGUCUCACUUCAUUUGGACGGUUGGAUGGAUGUCGAGCAGGGCGCCGGAGCGGUCCGGCUCUCGUUGGGGUGGCGGGCACGCGGAGAAUUCAGGGGGUCGGUUGUUUUAACCACCCAGUACUUAAAGAUAAGACUCGGAGUCAGAAGGAGCAGCAGUGUCUUUAAACUGCCUGUCUAAUCUGUCUGACAACCUGUCUGUCUGCCUCAGCCUAUUUAAAGGCAGUGUUGUCUUGCUGCUCAUUCCUUGGUGACCUACUUCCUGCUUCCUGACCCAAGAAAACAAAAACUGCGACGUCAUUGUAUAUUUGCCAAGUUGUCAUCACUGUCAAAUCAGGGCCGGCCUCCUUUUUUUUCUUCCUUUUUUGUUCUGAUGGGACGGUUUCCGUCGGUCUGUCGCCGUGGAGCAGCAGUGCAUCUUGGGAGCAUGAGUUGCAGCGUACAGCUGAGCUCAUCAUUUUACGUGUGCGGGUGUCCCACACAGCAGCACCUCUCUUUUUGUUGUCUGUCUUGGUGUUUUCCUCUACCUGUCUCCCAGCGAUGCGGGAAUGUUAAGGCUUCAGACCUCAGACCUGUGGCAUUGUGGGAUAGAAGCUCAGUAUCAGCUGGUUCUGACGGCCUCUAUCCAUCAGCUGCGGUGCCUGGUGGAAGUUUGAGUUUUUCCAAGCUCUGCUUCUUCUCGUCUUUUUUUUUUGUUGUUUUUUUUGUUUUCUAUCUUCUGCUCUGACCACCACCACCAUCAUCAUCAUCAACGUUUUUUUUCUAAAUCAGAAUAAGCUUUGACAACAGCAAGAUUGGAUGGAUGGAUGGACGACAGACGGGAUGCUGCUCAGUUUGGAACUUACGUGUCUUUGUCCCUCCCCCCGGAAGGAGGUUUUUACUUUCUGAUUUUUUCUGAGACUGUUAUUUAACUGUCUGUCCGUCACAUUUUACCCCUCACCUCAGCAGCUGUGAAUACGGAGCCCUGUCGGGUUCUCUCUCUCUCUCUCUCUCUCUCUCUCUCUCUCUCUCAUACUAUCUCUCGGCCUAUCAGUGUUGUUAGCCAUGUGCACCUUGCAGGCGGGUAGUGUUGUACAGUACAGAAGGACACAGACUUGGAGAGGGCGAGCUCACUCCCUUUUCAUGUCACUGCUUUCCCUUUUCAAAAGAAAAAAAUUACUCAGAACAGCGGGACGUCUUUUUUUUUUUUUUUUAAAUCCUAGUAAUGUCAGUACAUGGGAGAUUAUUUUUUGGCAUCAUGAUAUUGUUCUACCGCCACACGUUGCGGGUAGAUGAGAAUUCCAUCAUCCCAAAUGUGAAAUGACAUAUUUUAAAGCGAUGGAUGAUGAAAUGUAGCUCGGAGCUGCUGCUGUCGCUACGAGACGCCGCGCCGCUCUCCGAAGGCGAGGGAAAAAAGAAAAGUGUUUGAUUGCUUUGCUUUGCUUCCUCUCGUGGUAUCCAGGGAGCUAUUUAGCCGCCUUCUCUUGCUUU